AUGCCCGCCCCCAACCCUAAAGACUCGAUGAAGUCGACCUGGCGCACAGCCAGCCGCGACACAUGGUCGAUCCACCACUGGGCGAUAGACCUGCUUGGUGCGCACCCGGUGGCGCUGGACAAGGAGGUGCCCGUGUUCGAUGCAGGCAGCAAGCUGCCGUACAUGCCGCAGUGGUCGCUGCAGCGGUGGGUGCUGUUCUACGCGGCGAUUCCGCUCGCGCUGCAGCAGGUGUGGGCGAUGGCGACGGGGCGCAACCUGUCCGGCUUCGCUGUAUUCAACCUGUACUUUUUCGCGAUCAACGCGAACGUCAUCUACCAGGUGCACGUGCUGCGGCGGCUGGCGCAUGUGUAUGGCUUCCUGGACGGGCAGCACGCGCGCGACGGCGUGCCCGACGUUGGCGUGUCCAAGGUCGUGCACUCGCUGUACAAGACGACGGGGUCGCGGCUGGCGCUGUCGGUGUGGCUGUGCUAUCGGCAAGCGCAGCUGCCGGCGCAGCUGGACUGGGCGUGGCUGCCGCUGCAGAUCGGGGUGUACGGCAUCGUGCUCGACUUCUGGUUCUACUGGUACCACCGGCUGAUGCACGACGUGCCGUGGCUGUGGCGCUUCCACCGCACCCACCACCUCACCAAGCACCCGAACCCGCUGCUCGCCGCGUACGCCGACCACGAGCAGGAGUUCGGCGACAUGGUCGCCGUGCCGAUGAUGACCUUCUUCACCCUGCGUGCGAUUGGCCUCCCACUCGGCUUCUACGAGUGGUGGAUCUGCCAGCAGUAUGUCGUCUUCGCCGAGGUGUUUGGCCACAGCGGCCUGCGCGUGCAUACGUCUGUGCCGUCCACGCUGAACUGGCUGUUGACUAUGCUCGGCGCUGAGAUUGUCGUCGAGGACCACGAUUUGCACCAUCGGAAGGGCUGGCGGAAGAGUCACAACUAUGGGAAGCAGACGCGGCUGUGGGAUCGCAUCUUUGGGACUUGUGGGGAUCGCAUCGAGGCCGUCGAGGAGAAUGUGGAUUAUGAGAAUGUCGUGCCGAUGCCGUUGUGGUAG